GAAACGAUUGUCACAUGAUCCAUUUCCUCCCUCACGUUAAAAUUGAAUUUUGCCAGCAGUCAAAAUAUCUCUACGUUCAUCUUUAACCGACACUCGUACUGUAUGCCUUUUGUCUCCUCUGCCUCUGUGUUCAUAGGUAAUGAGAAGCCAUGAUGGUGAACUCCACCGUCUUCAAGCUAGACAGCGCCACACGGUCCCUGCUUGAGAGUGUAAACACAAGCAUUGCCAUCUCUGUCAUCUACAUGAUCGUCACUGUCAUUAACCUGGUAGGAAAUGGCCUUUCCAUGUGGCUCCUCGUCUUCCGUACCUCCCCCAAGACCCCCUCCGUCAUCUUCAUGAUUAAUCUCACCCUCACCGACUUGGCCCUUGGGGUUGCCCUGCCCUUUCAGAUCGCCUACCAGCUCCAAGGAUUCCACUGGACUCUGGGAACCAAUAUGUGCAGUGUCAUGACCCUUGUCUUCUACACCAAUAUGUACUGUUCCAUCCUGACCAUGAUGGCCAUUGCAAUUAAUCGUUACCUCGGCGUCGUCUGGCCCAUGCUGUUCAGAAAAAUGCAGAAAAAGUCCUUUGCUUUCAUCGGCUGCCUCUUCAUGUGGGGUUUAGUCCUGAGCGUUCUGCACCCGCUGAUGACCACAGAUCUGACCUUUGACAUUCCUGAACUCAGGAUUAUCACAUGCUUUGACGUGCUGAAGAAAGAAAUGCUCCCGACCGAGUACGCCUGGCUAGGCUUCGUCUUCAGCAUGGUGUUCGUCCUCUUCCUCUUCCCUUUCUGUGUUACGACAUUCUGCUAUGUCAGCGUCAUACGCGAACUGGGCAGAUAUGCCAAGACAUCCAAGAAAAAGAAAGCGGUACGCCUGGCCAUCAUUGUUCUCCUGGUCUUCACCUUAUGCUUUGCUCCCAACAACAUCCUCCUGCUGACUCACAUUGUGAUUAAACUCUUCUAUAAGCAGUCUCUCUACAUGGCCUACAAACUGUCCCUCUGUUUCAGCUGCCUGAAUAGCUGCUUAGAUCCUUUCAUUUACUACUUUGCUUGCAAGGAAUUCAGACAAAAGCUGAGACAGAUCAUUCAUCUGCAGAACCUGAGUAGCAGUGUGGACUCGAUGAAGAUGGAGCAUAAAGAGAGUUUGCACUCGACGCAUAUUGCUUUCGAAAGUCCGGAAAGAGAACCUUUGUGAGAAAACAGAUGUUCUUUGAUGCCACAGCAUAGAGAGACGGAAUGAGAGAAAGAGAUUAAAGAGUAAACUAGACGUGACAAAGGGAAGUGAGCGGAAGACAGCAAGUGUGUUGCCCUGAGUGUCAAGCUCUUACAACAUACAGUAUAACCAUUUCAAAAUUAUUUUGCUUCAGUUUUUUUUAUGUGCACCAUAGAACAAAUGAACAUUGACAGCAGCUGAGUCCUUAAAAUCAUUGCAUUUGUUAUUUUAUGGUAUAUGCAGUUCUGCCACAAGAAUCAUAAUACUCAUUUGUGACAACAUAUGUAAAUAUAAGUGUAAAUGAAAUGUAAUUAAACUCUUUGUAACCCAUAAACCUUCUCUUACCAAACAUUUAAGAUUUUAACAUUAUCUCUGUAUGUCUUUGUAAAUAUAUGUAUGCUGUGUGUGUG